GUAUGACAUCUGAGCAAGUACAGUUCAGAGAUUUGUUAUUGCGACUUCGCAAAGGCGACUCAACUGUUGAUGACUGGAAAUUACUUCUGACACGCCAACCAUCAAAUGUCACUAAUUUAUGUGACUUUGAAGAUUCUACUAGACUCUUUUAUAGUAAUGAACAAGUUGGUAAUUACAACCAUGAGCAGCUAACAAAACUUGAGCAUCCAAUUGCUCAUAUUAAUGCACGCCAUUCAUCUGCAUUGGCCAAAAAGAUAUCCUCAGAUGAUAUGUCUGGGUUAGAACCUGUUGUGUUUCUAGCAAAAGGUGCUAGGGUCAUGUUAACCAUGAAUUUGUGGUCAAGUGUUGGCCUCUGUAAUGGGGCUACUGGCACAGUUGUUGAUAUUAUCUAUCAGAACAACCAUCAACCUCCUGACUUACCUAUUGCGGUAAUAGUAGAAUUUGAAAACUAUAGAGGACCUGUUUUUAAUGAAAACCAACCAUUGUGUAUCCCAAUAAUUCCAAUCACUGUUGCAUCACAGACAGAAAUAGGUUUCCAUGAGAGGCAACAGUUACCUCUUAGGCUUGCUUGGGCUCUAACAAUACACAAGAGCCAAGGACUCACACUUCCAAAAGCAUGGAUAGAUAUUGGCAAAUCUGAAAGAACUGCUGGAGUUUCUUAUGUUGCUAUUAGCAGAGUAAAAUCACUUGCCUCUUGUGUCAUUGAACCAAUGACGUAUGAACGAUUAACAAGUUUGAAAUCGUCAGCCAACUUACAAUAUAGGCUUGAAGAAGAAAACAGGCUAGAUCAGUUAGCACAGGCUACUAGCAGUGCAUUCAGAACAACAAACUAUUGA